UGAAAGUCGGAUUUAAAGAAGUGACUAAAACCUCCACGUCUCUGCCAGUGUCGUUUUGUCAGAGUAUGGACAUGUCUUGGCAGGGGUCUACCUCAGUUUCUAGAAAACCUUUUGAGUGGCAGUUGUCUGAUGGACGUCAAUGGCAGCGGAUCGACAAUGACCAUGUGAUAGAAACCCACUACUGCCAACCUGGAGCAAAAGGGAUCAGCAUCAACACUGCCAGCCACGGGAAAUUAUUCAUAGACUUUGACAAGAUGCAGAUUGAGAAUGCACCUUUCACAGUUCAGAGGAUGAGCUUUAAUCCUCAGGGCCAGGCUGAGGAGAUCGGCUGGUACUUCAGAGAUGACAGGCUCUGGUGUGAAUACGGAUCCCAGAGUUCCAACAUGAUGUCCUCCACAGUCAGUAGUAAAACCGUGGAGCAUCAGUUCACUCUAAAUCCUCAGGGGACCUUCAGCUUCACAGUGGGCUCGACAAACUACAAGCUUGACUUCCGUGCCAUGACCCAAACAAACUGCAUUACAGGCAUGUGCAGGAAAGUACGCAGACGUCCCAAAUUCAACUCAGGAAGCCUUGACUUUACUUCAGCUGUGCUCACUGAUGGAGGCUACAAGUGGGAGUUCAAUGCAGAUGAGGGGGAUUGGGCAGAAUACCAAGCACAUAUAUGUUCAUUCGACAGCCCUGCCAUUGAGAGACAAUACCAGUUGAACCCUCAGGGCCAGUUACACUUCAACAUCGGGAGGUUCUCUUACACCCUCAAUUUUGCAGCAAUGUGUCAAAUCAAUAACAAUACCGGGACUAGAAGAGCAGUAAGAAGGACUCCAAGUACUGGGAACCCACAGAACAUCAGAUCUGGUUCAGCACCACGAUGGCAGUUCCUGGAUGUAAAUGGAUGGAAAGAGUAUAGUAAAGGAUAUCGUCAAUGCAGUGUUUCCAGUCAGGACAUUGAGCUUCACUACCAGCAGAACCCAUCAGGCAUCAUGAGCUUUAAAACAAGGACCUUCACCUACAAACUGGAUUUCUCAACCAUGAUUCAGAGGAACCUGUCCACUAACACCACCCGAUCAGUUCGACGACUUAACCAGUAACCAACAUGAUGAGACUUGUUAGAGAUUUUCUUGUGAUCAGACAAGUAGAAUUAAGGAAAGAUGUUUUUCUUUACAUGCUAAUGGUUUUCGGCUGUAGCUUCAGCCUUCAUCAGAGCUGUCGUCAAAAGAAAAUCUCUAACGAACAUUUGGAAUGGAAGACAUGACGAACAUAAUCAAUCUAUGAUGAGACUUGAUCUUCCCAGUUCACCAGGAGAACCCCACACCUCAUUCUGCCUUAUUCAGGAAUUCUUCACACAGAUAUCCUUGAUGUCCUUACUGGACGGUAUUUAAAUGUCCAGCAUAGUAUGUAUUUUCUAUAUGCAAAAAGCUGCUUCUUUGUACUUUCCUCAAAGUAGCUUCCAGUUUGAUGAAAUGCACUAUCAAAUGACUGUUUACCUUUUAUUAUGAUACUGUAAUGGUUUGUAACACUGCUAGGGGUUUAGGGCUUUGUCGGGGGUCUUUUUGGAACACUUAAAGGUCAGAGGAAAUGGAAAUCAGUGGAAAACAGAAGUCAACACCUCUUAAAUAACUUGGAUGUUUACAAAAAAAAAAAAUUAAAGACUGCCUAUUUUUGUGAAUUUAAUCACUAGAUUCUUAAACUGAAUUUAAAAUGCCUGUUUAAACUGCCAUGAAAUAAAUGCACUUAACAUUAAACAUAAAAUGUGAAAGAAGUUUGAUGGCAUGUGCAAUUGUAACAGUAAACUAAAUGCUAAUUUAUUGUAAUAAAUCUAGAUCAUGAGUUGUACUGUGUGUAGUGUUUGUUUUGAAGCGUCACACAAAUGAACAACCUGUGAGAAUAUGA